CGAGAGUAAGAAGAAGUAAACAUGAAAUCAAUGGAGAAGACUCAGAAACUACUUACAAACAAACAUGUUGCUUUGUCCGCAAGAAAAGAAAUCAAACGAAGAAGAAGCGAGUUUGAGAAGAUUCAUAUACCUAACGAUAUCGUCGAAGAAAUCAUGGUGAUGCUUCCAGUGAAAUCGCUCAUGAGAUUUCUAGCUGUGUCAAAACACUGGAGAUCUUUUAUCAUGUCGAAGGAUUUCGAAGAAAGAUACAUGGCUCUUGAGCAAAGCAAAGAGUGCAAACUUCUUCUUGUUUCUAAUUAUUUUAAAGAUAAAGUGGCACAGGAAACCAAUUUCUCUUUAAAAACAGUUGCCUUGGAGCCGACGUCAGCUUCUGUGGUAGAUGAAAAGGCUUUGAAAUUCGAAAAAACUGAAUGGAAACUCUAUAUUUCAGAGAGCUGCGAUGGCCUUGUCUGCUUAUACGCCAUAAACAUAGCAGUAAAAGUGGUAAAUCCGGCCACAAAAAUGUACAUAGAACUCCCCCUAUCGAGAAUUCAACAGAUUUGUAUGAACAAACAGGUCGAUCCCGAUUCAGUUCAAGAUCCAAAUCAUGUUAAGUAUCCAAGAAACUCAUUUUCUCAGUUUGGAUUUGGGAAAGAUAGCGUUACGGGAAGAUAUAAACUAGUAUGGCUAUAUAAUACUUAUCCUUUUUUUACUACUACGUGUGAGGUUUUGGAUUUAGAAGAAAAAACAUGGAGGUUCGUCAAUACUGAUACUCUUGAUCGUCAUAAUAUCUUGAAUCAUAAUCUGUACAGCGAUCAGGGGCCAGUGUUUGCAGACGGAUCAAUCUACUGGCUCACUGGAGAUGAAGAUGGAUAUCCAAAAUCAGAUACCAAACUCAUAGUUUUUGAUAUUCACACAGAGAUGUUUCAAGUCGUUGAAACCCCAACUUUUAUUACCUCUGAUUGUUAUGGUGAAAGCAUUGGUUUAUGCAAUCUCCAUGGCCAUCUCUGUAUAUCUGAAUUGAUGGUAGAUAAUUACUUAGAUACGCAAGAGUUUUGGUGGAGGGUUAAAGACAACACAUGGGAAAAGAUCUUCUCCGUUCACUUGCCUUCCACUUAUACUUUGUUUGGUAUUGACUUCCCGCACCCUCUCACACCUUUGGCCAUUUGUAGGGACACCAAUAAGGUUAUCCUCGCACUUCGCGGUAACGAUAACCUCGUCGCUCUCGAUCUUAAUCCUCACUCUUCAGGUUAUCAUUUGUAUCUCUCUUGUUACAACGGCUUAGCUGUUCCUUAUGUUCCAAGUUUAUCACUCUUUUAUUCUAUUGAAAAAGAGACCUAGCUUGUCAUAUAUGUUGACUGAUCCAAUAACUUUGAUGUGUAUCAUGAUACAAAUUGGCAAUAAGUGUGUGUGAGUUUC